UAAUGAAUGCCCGUUAUUUCCCGUUCUGUCUGCGUUCCGGACGAUAAGUCUGCGGUUGUCAAGGAGGGCGGGAAUCUGCCGACUGGAUGGGUGUGUGCACUCAAGCACGGCGAGUUUAAUGAGCAGGACCAGCUGUGCGCUUUUGUUAUCUUCACAAUGAUGUAAUGAAUAAACACGAGUCACUAGAGAGAGUCAUGAAUACCGACGGACGGUACGCAGAAAGACGUGCCGUUCAAAAACUAUUGAUAAAGAUACAUGUAGUUAGACAUCCAAAGCAAACCGAGAAUAAUACCCAAGAAAGUUCUGGAAUUAUGUUAGGAUAAAAUUUAGCACUCCUUUUGAAUCGAUAUAUUCAUGUUUUUGUCGGCAAAUAAAUUAUAUACCCACCUCUGUGAGCUCACGUAUGCGUGCGUUCCGCUUGCGAUGUUUACGCUAAUUCGUUUAUGAAUUUAUGUUUUUUACUUCAACAGGUAGCCUUGCUCAGUUAACUGGAACUGAUAUCUUUCGUGGCUCUGAAUGAAAUAAUGACAGUAAUUGAGAUGAAACAAAUUUAAACAUUUUAUUUAAUCACGGGCGAAAAUCUGCCGAUUUUGAAGAAUACAUGUUUUCAAUUUCUGCAGACAAACGGGAGCAGAUGGCACUGUAUGUAACUGCGUAUUUCACAACAUAAUGAUCGGGCAUCAAUAUCACUCGUUCAGCCUGUGUUAGUCGACUUAUUUGGUAAUCCUUGCUCAUUAGUGUAUGAUAAUGUUUAUUUGGACACCGGUACAGAGGACGGAAAGUAGUGCCAGCUGAUGAUUAAAAUAUUUGUUUCCUUUUCGGCCAUUUUUCUAGACAUCGUUCACUCACUUUUGAAAGUCGAUCAUUCAUUUUCGUCUGAUUUUGAUCGAGAAUCGCUCUAACGCGCGUUUCAUUUUCGCUACUAAAGCAUUCGAUUCCAUUUCAGUUCAAUCAAUAAUUUAUGCCGUUUUGAAUAAAAGAAACGUACAUUCACGCUAGUGUAUUCCAGAAAAGUGCGAAAAGGUAUGCUUGCGUAAGUGAAUGUAAUAUGCCGUCACGGUUUCUCAAAACCUAAUGCACGGACAAUAAAACCGAUUGAACUUUCGUUGAAUUGAAAUGGGAUCGACGUUCAUUCACAUUCAGACGAAAAUGAAUGACCGAUUUUCUAUAUUGAAUUUAUAUAUUAGGAAAUCCGCCGGGAAUACCUUUUACUAGGGUAUCGAAUAACAUCAAUAUAAAAAUAGUUAGGCCCGGCCAGUAUUUGGUGGGUCGAGGGGCAAACUGAUACCAAAACAUUUUCUUCAUGGGCCCCAUAGCUAGCUAUUCUUGUGCUUGUACAUCUGAUUUAAUUGAAGACCAGCCAACGGACAUUUGUUUAAAGUUCUUUACACCGGGAGGCCCAUGCACCGUAGAUAGAUCACCUCUGGCUUGGACAUUGACAGUCUAUGUGAAAUGCCUAUAGAUUCCCAGAACUGGCUGCACCAGCACAAAAUGGUCAAUGAUUGCUUCUUUUGUUAUGUGUAUAGUUACGUUUACGGCAAGUGAUGCUGUAACCAAGCACCUGAUCGGUCGACAAUAGAUUCAAUAAUCGUAGUCGCGUGCUUCUUUAUACAUGCGCGUACUGGGUUUCUUGUGCUUGAUGCAUAGAGAAUGCUUGAUGUAAGUCACGUACACAUGUACAUGUACUUCAUUCUGACAUCAUCAUGGCUACAAAUGACAAUAAUCUUCUUCCUGGGGUUGCCCGUUUGUUGAAACUUCACGGAAAAUCACCGGCCGUGCCGAGGAAACCCUUCCAACCUCUUCAAGGUAACAGCUUCAAGUCUAUCAUCACUUGUAUUGUGAUAAAUAAUUUACAAGGUGUAUUCUUAAAAAGUCAGUUUAACUUGACGGGUAGCACUAUAUAAGCCGAUUUGAGUCCGGACCAAUUCUGAAACUUUUGAAAAACUUUUGAAAAACUCACUCCGUGUAUUUUUAUAUGUAUAUAAACACAUUUUGAAUUGUUCAGUUUCCUCUAGGUUGAUUUUCCUAAUGUGCAUUGUAGUUUUUAUGCAUACAAUAUAUAAUCUAUAAAAUAAAUGCCCCGAUCUUCUGGUGGGUGAGACAUUGAAAUGAACAUAUUUUUUUUGGUCACGAUUAUGGGCAAAAAGGUCAAGUUUCAAAACAGGGAGUCCCCUUAUUGUUUUGAUUGUCAAAUAAACUGAUAAACAAAUCAUUUUUUUCUACAUGUAUAGAUAACGUGAAGCAAGGUGCAUGCCGCAAGCGGAAGAUUCCUGCUGCUGAAGCGAGCAAGGCAAAAAGAGGCAAACCCUCCAUUGCACAGUUGUUUCCUGGUAUUGUAGAUACAGCUAGACAGUUUGUUGAGGAAAAUGGAUUCGAAGCUCACCGGCGUCGGGAAACUGGAACUGGAAAGUGUGGAACUACACUUCGUUCUAUCAAGCAGCACUUGAUGGAAGUGACACCAGGCCUCUCCGAGUUGAAGGGGAAUUUAGGAAUUGACACAAUCCAUCGCUGGAUGAAGGCGCCAACUAAGAGGAACGGCACGUCCAAGAUCUACCAGGGCCUCAUAGAUGCGAAGGUUCCUGCCAAGCGAAACGACAAGCGAAAAGAAAACGUCAAUGAGCACUACUACUCAGCCAGGGUCAAAUACGCUCGCCAAGCAUGCAGCAAGUUCCCGGGAUGUUCGCUGAUGUUUUCAGUCGACAACAAAAAUAAACUACGGGUCAGUUCGUGUACACCAGCCGUGGACAGGAGGUGCAAGGUAUCCAGAUACUUCCCGAGUGACGACAGCCCCAACCUGUAUGACCACGACUUUCCGACACCUGGCUACUUAAUAACCCCAGCAGGGUACAUGCAGAUGGCCCCUCCAUCACCACCCCAGAUGACGGCCGACAAGCUAGGCAGACCAAGCCUCCGGCUUCCUGAGUGCAACGCCAUCAACGUGGUUAACAGAGGGCCGCACACGAAGACUACCAUCGCCAGCCACUGCAACGACCUGUUCCCACUGAUACAGAGAAGCAAGAAAACAUGCAUCACCAUUUUGGCGGACGGCGGGGCAGACUUCAAUGUCAACCACCUGACUAAUGAGUGGUUCCUAAUGCACCUGUUUAAAGACUUAGAUCUAGACAUGCUCCUGGGAACUACAUUUUGUCCAGGGUUUUCAGCCAGAAACCCCAUCGAGCAUGUGUGGGGGGUCCUGACGAGUGCAGCCACCUCCAUCUAUCUCCCAGACCGCCUUCCUGGAGAGCUCCCCCCGACACUGCAGCACUUGACCGGCAAUGCUCUGAGGCAGAAAGAGGGCCAAGUGUUUGAUGCUGCCCUCACAACUCUAGAGGGGUAUUGGAGCGACGUGCGAUACAGCAAUGUACCAAUUGUUGUCAGCCACAAGUCCAGCGAAGUUGAGGCGCACCCUUACACAGAUGAUGAAUACAGUCGUGUGCACAAACUCCUUACAGGGCCGUACCGAGACAUUAAACAGGCCAGAGACAUCCAUGACGAUAUGGCGUUCUUCAAGAGGCACAUUGAUCGCCGAGUAGGCAUGGUCAUCUUCACCAAGUGCCAACCACCUGAUGUAUGCGACCACUGUGCAAUCAGCCCCCCCAAAAAUCCUGAAGCUCUUGCAAUGUAUCGCGCUUUCCCAUCGCCUGCCCCAUCUCCAGCCCAUCCAGACCACUUCAUGUCUUUUGUGGAAGCAAUCAGUCAACCCCAAGUGCCCCCGGAUGAGCACAUGCCAGUUGUUCAAGAGAAACAACUAGGAAGAUGCUCCCUCUGCAGAUAUGUAUACACAUCCGAGACCAACAAAAAAGACCAUCGUAAGAUUUUCCACCCUAGAUAGGCUACCUGCAAGAAGAAAAAAAUAAUAAUUAAUACGAAGGCAAUCUGCAGAACUAUAAAUCCCAAGGCCGAAACUUCAGAAUUGUCCAAUUGCUAAAUGUGUGGCUUAAUUUUGUUUUCAUUUACAAUGCAUUUCUAAACAUUUACAAACUUUAGCUGAUACGUGGAACUAAAAAAUUUGGUUAUUUAUUCCUAUAAUGCAUGUUAUUUAUUCCUAUAUAAUAUAAUUCAUGGAUUGUAAUGAAGCAAAGAAAAAAUGUACAUUUUUCAUCGGCUCACAAUAAUGUACAGUAGGCCUAUAAGUCUACACUUCGUGAAAUUAGGCUGCUAAAGAGAACAAAAUAUUCAUGUACUAGUGCAAUUAAAAAUAUGUAUGAUCAUGUACGUAUAUUGUCAUUUUUAUCUAUCCAAA